AUGGCCGGCAUGGCCGCCGUGGCUGCCGCGGCCGCUAUGGCCAACCUGCCGCACGCGGCUCUCCGCGCCGCGGCGGAGGAGACCGUGGCGAGCUGGGACGCGGAGGUGCGCCACAUCUUCCGCGACAUGGCCGGCGCGGCCCAAAACGCCGCCGGCUCGGAGCCCGAAGAGCAGCUGCACGCGGCGGGCCGGUUGCGGCAGGGGGCGCUGUGCGUCCUGGAGAUUCUGCAGGCGCCGAGCUGCGUCGACCUCGACGUCCGGGACAUGUACGGGCUGGACGCCGCGCGUCUGCUGGAGGCCAUGGCGGCGGAGCUGCAGGCUGCACAGGCGGCAGCGGGUGCUGCCCAGAUCCUUGCAGCCCGCAGGGCGCUGCAAGCUGCCCGCAGAAUCGAGGAGUUUCACUAUGCCCAGGCGAAUGUGCCCUCCACACUGGUGGCUGCAGCUGGGAGGUUGCGCCCUUUUUACAUUACGGGUGAAGGAAGUGAAGCGCCUGAGUCUGCCCAGUCCAAUGAUUUUGUGGCACCCACGCUGGAGUCUGGGACGACGCUGGAUGCGGCCGCCACGUCCUCAUGGCUGGCUGGCCUUCCACAUCUGCCUCAAGAGCCAGAUAAGCAUGUGCCCCAAAGGGCUUUUUGGUGGCUGCUAGAGAGGCAGUGUCAACAGCUCGAGCAGCAGGGCGAUCUCCCCGGAGCUGCAGCGCUCUUGGAGGCAGCCCGUACAGCACUGCAGCCAGGUCACCCGGAUUUUGAUGAUCGAGACGUCGCCGAUAUCUUGCACGAGCUCGGCAUGUUGCUGCACGCGUUGCCAAAUCAGAACAUGGUUCUGGCACAACGCUGA